AUGGAAAUUGAUUUGUUUAAGAAGAUAGAAGAAUUUAAAUUCAUAAGGAAUGUGAAAGCAGGUGAUGAAAUCAUAGAAGAAGGACGUAGGUGUAUGAAUAUACUGAAUAACAAGGCAACAACUGAUGGAAAACUGUAUAAAGUGGGAAGAAUUUUAUUCAAUUUUUCCAAAACACUUCAAUACAGACCAAUGGUACAUGAUAUUGUGAUAGGAAGAGUGUUUGCUAUUCAAAACGACUAUUAUAAAGUCAAUGUGACACAUGGGAAUGUACACAACAGUAUGUACACUGGAAUACUGCCAUUUCUAUCAUUCACAAAUGCAACUAAGAAGAAUAGACCUGAAUUGAAUACGGGUGAUUUGGUACUAGCCAAAAUAUCAGGUAUCUUUGGAAAUGAAUUGCAAUUAACCUGUAAUGAAAUGAACCUGGGUCAAAUUGAUUUCGUGUUCCAAAUGGAUGUCUGGAAAGUGCAACUGCUUCAUUUUAUGAAUCUACAAGAGGAAAUUAAAAGCGUAAGUCGAAAAUGUAAAUCACAUUGCUUGGCAUUAGGUAUGAAUGGAUACAUNGUACACAACAGUAUGUACACUGGAAUACUGCCAUUUCUAUCAUUCACAAAUGCAACUAAGAAGAAUAGACCUGAAUUGAAUACGGGUGAUUUGGUACUAGCCAAAAUAUCAGGUAUCUUUGGAAAUGAAUUGCAAUUAACCUGUAAUGAAAUGAACCUGGGUCAAAUUGAUUUCGUGUUCCAAAUGGAUGUCUGGAAAGUGCAACUGCUUCAUUUUAUGAAUCUACAAGAGGAAAUUAAAAGCGUAAGUCGAAAAUGUAAAUCACAUUGCUUGGCAUUAGGUAUGAAUGGAUACAUUUAUUUGGAAAGUGAUGAAUUCAUAGAGAUAAAACAGGCAUUAGAACAGUGUAUGAAUGAAUCAAAUUAA